ACAUUUGGCCCCAUAUCUCAACAGAUUCAUCAAUUCCAUUAUAUAAAGGGUUAAGUCUCAACCUUGCAAACCAACUCAACCAUCUCACUAUAAUUGCUAUAGGCAUCUAUAGUUUAUACCAAGAAAAAUAGUGAAUAUGACUGAGGGAAGAGGCAGUGCUUCUAUGAACAUGGUCACUCUAAUUUCACUGCUGUGCCUUUUGGUUCUGGCUGAAAGUGCUAAUGCAGCAUCUUACACCGUUGGAGGAACUGGGGGAUGGACAUACAAUACUGAUACUUGGCCUAAUGGAAAAAAGUUUAAAGCUGGUGAUGUGCUCAGCUUCAACUAUGAUUCAACCACACACAAUGUGGUUGCCGUGGACAAAAGUGGAUACAACAACUGUAAGACACCGGGAGGUGCUAAAGUGUUCAGUUCAGGGAGUGACCAAAUUAGGCUAUCAAGAGGACAAAACUACUUCAUAUGCAGCUAUCCUGGUCACUGCCAAUCUGGGAUGAAGGUUUCCAUCUAUGCAGUUUAGUCCUCUAGCUAAGUGACCACAGUAGUUAAUUAGUUAAUUAAUGGUCAAUUAGCUGUAGUGGUAAUGGUAUGAUUUCUUUAAUUACCAUAUAAAUAACAGCAUGAGUACUAGGCUACUAGCUAUAUGUUGAUUUGGUGAUCAAUUACUAUUAUUAUUAUUAUGUAUGUAAAAGGAGUGUGGUGAGGUGGCUUUCUUUAUAAAAUUGUAUGUUUGAUAUUUUUAUUUUUGUGGUGUGCUGUGUGAUGUGAGGAUAUAUAUAUAUAUAUGUAUGAUAGAGAUUAACUAUCUUGCACUAAAGAUCCCUUUGUUUGUUUCCGGUCUAA